AUGUUUUUAAAGAAACCUAGACGAAAUCGAACUACGUUUACGACAGCUCAACUUGCAGCUUUGGAAAAAGUGUUCGAGAAAACUCACUAUCCAGAUGCUUUCGUGAGAGAAGACCUUGCAACCAAAGUCAGCCUGAGCGAGGCCAGAGUACAGGUGUGGUUCCAGAACAGACGCGCCAAGUUCCGCCGCAACGAACGCAGCCUCAGCCUACAACAAUCGUCGAAGAUCCCUUGCAAGACUCCCCCAGUACCCCUCAAACCAGACGCCAUAGCAGAGAAACCGCUCUUCCCGCAGUACCAGAACCCGUCAGUACCACAUGGGAACGACCUCCAGUACAUCAUGCCCUGGAAGUGCUCCUACUCGCAGUACAACCAGUCCGAUCUCUACGCCAGCAAUUUCAACAGUCUCGGCAACCAGUGUGGGUUCCUAUCAAAUUCUGGGUUCAACUACUCUACUUUACCGUCUAGUUCUGUAUGUAAUACUCUAAACGUACCGGCACCUCUAAGAUACCGUCACCAAGAGUUUGGACUAUAA